UGACAUCAGUGUGAGACGUGACGGAAAUAAAACUUGGACGUUGGAGAUGUUCAGCUUCUGAGUCAACUGUCUCAGAUCUGAGUCCUCCAGUUUCACAAUAACAGUUUGUAUGAAGUGUGUGUAGAUGAGAGAGGGCUCCUGAAGUAUGAUACGACUCGUGGACGCUGGAGUCAGGGCUGGGUUACCUGCCAGGCCUCUGUAGAUCUGGGUCGGACACAGCCGGUCCUAACGCACCGCUCUGUGCUCAAAGGUCUUAAAACCAGAUUGGACAGAGGCCUCCAGAUGAGCAGGUUAAAACUAAAACUAAACAUACAGCACGGAGACAGCAUGCUGACAGGGAAACACUGACUGACGAACAGGAACACACUUCAACACAAACCCACAGCAUCUGAAGGAAGAGGUGUUUCUGGCCGGUCGUCACGGAGACAGGCGGCACACACUGCUGUGGAAACAUGAAGAGCACAUGUUCAGAAAAUCAAAGCCUGACUCCUUUCACCUCCACACAGCCGACCAAUCACUGACUGAGCGCGUGUAAACGCUGCAUCACAGCACCUCAGGUGGAGUAACACCUGUGGGUGUAGCUGCUCAGUUCAAGGUUCAGCUCCUCCACACGGUGGAGUGGAACCAGACUCAGUUUGAUGUUGUGGAUGAGAGUCCAGUCUGAAGCCUACUGCCUUACAUAAUGACUGUUUUUUGACUGUAAGAAGUGGCCUCAUUCCCAUGCACGCCUGUCACACACACACACACACACACACACACGCUGUCUGAACCAGACAGGCGGUAUUAUCAGGAGAGAAGGACCAGCCCUGCCGAGACUGCACAAAUCUUCCAUCUCAAAUUUGUGUUUGAGUGCACGUGGGCGGUUCUACUGUGUGUGUGUGUGUGUGUGUGUGUGUGUGUGUGUGGCUCCCAGGCUCCGUGGGAAAGCUCCAGCAGCAGAGGAGGAGGAGGAGGAGGAGGAGGACACACCGGUCACCAGUCCAGUCUGCAGCCGCCUCACAGGCCACCUGCCUCGGACUAUUUACCGGACACUCACCGCUGGAAAAAACAACUCCCGGAGCUGCGGUGAAAAUAUUUUACACUCAACAUUUCAGGACGUUUUAUGACUGACUUUCUUUGUUUGCUGAUCUCAGGAACUUUAUUUCUUUUUUCUUUUUUUUUUCUUUUUUUGACUUUGUUUUGAGAGGAUCAUUAAUACAAAGAGGAAAAACUUGCUUUGUUUUUCUCAGUUUUCUUUUCUGGAAAAAAAAAAAAACUUCAUCAGCUCCUGGAUUAAACCAACCUGAAACCAUUUCAUAUUUCCUGUGAUUCCUACAAUAUUAAUGCGGGACCUUUAGUCUGUUUUCACCUUCGUAUCUCCAUCUCUCAUCAUUUACCCUCUAAAACACAUCAGAAUACUCUAAAUACCUCGUCUCCUCCCGGGGACACACAGCCAGGCCUCCCCGCCGUCCCUGCACCAUGAAGCGGCCGUGCGAGGACAGCAGCUCGGCGGAGAGCGACGUGGAGGAGACCAUUGAUGUGGGCAGUGAGAACACUUAUCCAGGGCACGUGAAGGCCUCCUUUAUAAGAUGUGGAUCUCCGACUACGACCACUCAAGUGAUGGCGAGGAAAAAACGCAGAGGGAUCAUCGAGAAGAGACGCAGAGACAGAAUCAACAACAGCUUGUCUGAGUUACGGAGGCUCGUGCCCACGGCGUUCGAGAAGCAGGGCUCAGCUAAACUGGAGAAGGCAGAAAUCCUCCAGAUGACUGUGGACCACCUGAAGAUGCUGCAGGCCACCGGAGGGAAAGGUUACUUUGACGCCCACGCUCUGGCCCUGGACUUCCUGUCUCUGGGUUUCAGGGAGUGUGUGACCGAGGUUUCCCGCUACCUGAGCGCCGUGGAGGGCCUGGACUCCAGCGACCCCCUGCGCUCCCGCCUCCUCUCCCACCUCACCUCCUGCGCCUCGCAACGCGACGCUGCCGCCCUGACGGCCGCCUCCCAUUCUCCUCACCACCACCACCACCACCAGCAGCCUCACCCUUUACCUCACCCCUUCCACCCUCACCACUGGGCCGCUGCAGCCGCUGCAGUCGCCACCGCCGCCGCGUUUCGACAUCUACCAGCCGCCGCCGCCACGCCGUACGGACUGAGCGGGCUUCCUGUUUCUCCAGAUGCUGGAGGAGGUGGAGCCCCCCAAAGGCUGGCCGAGCUAUCGCAGCGCAGCGUGGCCUCCUCUUACUCCUCCCACGCAGACUCCACCUCCUCCUCUUCUCCUUCCUCCUCCUCCUCCUCUUCUUCGUCUCUCGUGCUCCCCUGCGCCCCCACCCCUCUCUCCGCCUCCCUCCUCUCCCUCUCGGCUUCGUUUCCCAUCACCCUCCACGGAGGUUUCCCCGUCCUCCCUCCCUCCUCCUUCACCUCCACCACCAGCCCACCCAUCUCCUCCUCCUCCUCCUCUUCCUCCCAGACUCCUCAGGGCAGCAGCAGUAAACCCUACAGACCGUGGGGAACCGAGGUCGGAGCUUUCUGACUGACGAGGCUGCUGACUAACCUCUGACCCACUGACUGCUUUAACAGCCUGGAAAACACUUUAAUCUCCAGCCAACAAAAAUACUCACAAGUUUUACUGACUGGUUUUAACUCUCGACUCGUUCAGAUCGUUAACCUCUGACUGUUUUCACCUGCUGAUUUUAAAACGUGACGGGUUGUUCUGAAGGAACGUGUGGUUUAUUUUGUCGUCUUUCUCCUUUUAUUCAGAUUUACUGUUUUAACAUGUUCAACUGUUUUUGUUUUGUUCCCAUUUAAAAUUUUCUUCACUUGGACAAAAUUAGUAAAACCUGUACAAACGCCAUAUUUAUUAGAGUUUAACUUUGAGAAGUCUGGUGAUAUUCUACACACUGUCUCCUGUUUGAUAAAAACUACAGCAAAAAAAACUGAGACAAAAAGGAAAAUGUAGAAUAACAGCAUUUUAUCCUUUAAAAACUGUUGAAGCAAAGGCUCUGAGAUCCACUGACGAACAGGAAGAGGACUAACAUAAGAAGAGUAACAGUGAUUCUGAUCUGACUGAACUUCCUCCUGUGGUUUUACAUGUGAGACUCACUGAGUUUCCCUCUGUGACUCCCUGCGUGCCUUUCUACCAAUAAAGAUGAAGUAACAACA